AUGGAGCCGGAGGACGUGGACGAGGACGUGGAGGUGGACGUGGACGUGGACGUGGAGGUGGACGUGGACGUGGACGUGGAGGUGGACGUGGAGGUGGACGUGGAGGUGGACGUGGAGGUGGAGGUGGACGUGGAGGUGGACGUGGAGGUGGACGUGGAGGUGGACGUGGAGGUGGACGUGGAGGUGGACGUGGAGGUGGACGUGGAGGUGGACGUGGAGGUGGACGUGGAGGUGGACGUGGAGGUGGACGUGGACGUGGACGUGGACGUGGACGUGGACGUGGACGUGGACGUAGACGUCGACGUGGACGUGGACGUGGACGUGGAGGUGGACGUGGAGGUGGACGUGGAGGUGGACAUGGAGGUGGACAUGGAGGUGGACGUGGAGGUGGACGUGGACGUGGACGUGGACGUGGACGUGGAAGUGGACGUGGAAGUGGAGGUGGACGUGGACGUGGACGUGGAGGUGGACGUGGACGUGGACGUGGACGUGGACAUGGACGUGGACGUGGACGUGGACGUGGACGUGGACGUGGAGGUGGACGUGGAGGUGGACGUGGAGGUGGACGUGGAGGUGGACGGUGGACGUGGAGGUGGAGGUCGACGUGGACGUGGACGUGGACGUGGACGUGGACGUGGACGUGGACUUGGACUUGUACGUGGACGUGGACGUGGACGUGGACGUGGACGUGGACGUGGAGGUGGACGUGGACGUGGAGUGGACGUGGACGUGGACGUGGACGUGGAGAUGGACGUGGACGUGGACGUGGACGUGGACAUGGACGUGGACGUGGAGAUGGACGUGGACGUGGACGUGGACGUGGAGGUGGACGUGGAGGUGGACGUGGAGGUGGACGUGGAUGUGGACGUGGAUGUGGACGUGGACGUGGACGUGGAGGUGGACGUGGACGUGGACGUGGACGUGGACGUGGACGUGGACGUGGACGUGGACGUGGAGGUGGACGUGGAGGUGGACGUGGAGGUGGACGUGGAGGUGGACGUGGAGGUGGACGUGGAGGUGGACGUGGACGUGGACGUGGAGGUGGACGUGGACGUGGAGGUGGACGUCGAGGUGGACGUGGAGGUGGACGUGGACGUGGACGUGGACAUGGACGUGGACGUGGACGUGGACGUGGAGGUGGACGUCGAGGUGGACGUGGAGGUGGACGUGGAGGUGGACGUGGAGGUGGACGUGGAGGUGGACGGUGGACGUGGAGGUGGACGUGGACGUGGACGUGGACGUGGACGUGGACAUGGACGUGGACGUGGACGUGGACAUAGACGUGGACGUGGACGUGGACGUGGACAUGGACGUGGACGUGGACAUGGUCGUGGACGUGGACGUGGACGUGGACGUGGACAUGGACGUGGACGUGAACAAGACGUGGACGUGAACGUGGACGUGGACAUGGACGUAGACGUGGACCUGGACGUGGACAUGGACGUGGACAUGGACGUGGACGUGGACGUGGACAUGGACGUGGACGUGGACAUGGACGUGGACAUGGACGUGGACAUGGACGUGGACAUGGACAUGGACGUGGACAUGGACGUGGACAUGGACGUGGACAUGGACGUGGACAUGGACGUGGACGUGGACGUGGGCGUGGACGUGGACGUGGAUGUGGACGUGGAGAUGGACGUGGACGUGGACGUGGAGGACUUGGACGUGGAGAUGGACGUUGACGUGGACGUAGACAUGGACGUGGACAUGGACGUGGACGUGGACAUGGACGUGGACGUGGACGUGGAUAUGGACGUGGACGUGUACGUGGACUUCGACGUGGAAGUGGACGUGGACGUGGAGAACUUGGACGUGGACAUGGACGUGGACAUGGACGUGGACGUGGACGUGGACGAAGACAUGGUCGUGGACGUGGACGUGGACGUGGACGUGGAUAUGGACUUAGACGUGGACGUGGACGUGGACGUGGACGUGGUCGUGGACGUAAACGUGGUCUUGGACAUGGACGUGGACGUGGACAUGGACGUGGACGUGGACGUGGACGUGGACGUAGACAUGGACGUGGACCUGGACGUGGACGAGGACGUGGACGUGGACAUGGACGUGGACAUGGACGUGGACGUGGACGUGGACAUGGACGUGGACGUGGACGUGGACGUGGACCUGGACGUGGACCUGGUCGUGGACAUGGACGUGGACGUGGACGUGGACCUGGACCUGGACGUGGACGUGGACGUGGACGUGGAUAUGGACGUGGACGUGGACGUGGACGUGGACAUGGACGUGGACGUGGACGUGGACGUGGACUGGGACGUGGACGUGGACGUGGAGUGGACGUGGACGUCGACGUGGACAUGGACGUGGACGUGGACAUAG